CACCCAGUGGCUGUAGCUCUCACUAGAAGAAGGACAAGUAUAACAUAACGACACAUUCUUUUUUUAAAUAUGGACAAGAAAAACAACAACCAGAAAAGCCCUGGGCUGGCGACAUCGGUCGAAGAGGCACUUAGCUAUACAGGUUUCGGCAAGUACAACUUCGGUCUGCUGCUGAUAUGCAGCUGGACGCUGCAGGCGAUGGGGAUGGACUUGUUCGGUACCAGCUUCGUGGUGGCAGCUGCCGUUUGUGACCUGGACCUAGAUAUGCAGAAGAGGGCGCUGCUCACCGCCACGCCUUUAGCAGGCGUGGUGGCCGGAGCGCACUUGUGGGGUUACAUAGCGGACACAAAGGGCCGGCGGCUGACGCUGUCGCUGUCAAUGUCCAUAGGCUUCGUCUUCGCCGCCCUGAGCAGUCUGUCGCCAGACUGGAAAACUAUGAUGGUGCUGAAACUACUGUCUGCCACUUUUACGUCAGCAAGCAACUCAAGCGCAUACACGUUGUUAGGAGAGAGCUGCAGCGCGCGUGCGCGGGGCCGCGCCAUGCUGCUUUGCACAUGCGCCCUGAUGUGUUCUCAAGCUGUUGCUGCAGUAUUCGCUUACCCCAUCCUCCCCCUCUCCUUCUCUUACCCCAUCGAGUUCCUUGGCAUCAGCUACCGCCCCUGGCGUCUCCUGGCCUUUGCCCUGUCCCUCCCUUGUUUGGCCACGGCCAUCUUGCUGCAGCUGUUCCAUGAGAGCCCCAAGUUUCUGGUGACCAGUUCCCGGUAUGAAGAAGCUUUGGAGGUGCUAAAGAAAAUUUAUGCUUGCAAUACUGGGAAGAGUGCUGACGAUUUUCCGGUGAAGAAACUAGUGGAAGACGAAGAAGACGCAUCGUCACUGAGUCAGGAGACCUUCUUCAAGGCUCUGUGGCACCAGACCGUCCAGCUCUUCCGUCCGCCCCUUCUGAAGAACACACUUAAACUAUUCUACUUGAUCAUCGUUAUUUACAUGACUGGUAGCGGCUUCGUGCUGUGGCUGCCGUACAUCAUGAACAAUUUGUUCUCAGUAAUGGAGAAUGGUGGUGGAUCUGGGAUGAACCUCUGCACCAUCAUCCGACAUGGCAGCAACAGUCUCCUCGUUGCUGAUAAUUCCACGUCAAUUGCAGUCUGCAACGACACCAUCCAAGAGACAACCCUGCUCUCAGCCAUGACGUACGGCGCCUUUGCUGCCUCUGCCAACCUCCUUCUCUCCCUCACCUGCGAGGCGAGGAAGCGGGUGGCCAUGAUGGGGAUCCUGGCCAUGUCGGCUUCAGCUGCAGUGCUGCUGAACGUAGUGCGCGUGCCUAUUGCUGGAGGGGUGUUCUUCUUCAUGUUCCUCAUGUGUGCGCUCUCGAUGGGGAUUUUGAGUGUUUAUUUUGUGGAGCUGUAUCCGACUUCAGUGAGGGGUAUGGCGUCAUGCCUGUCGGUGAUGCUGGGGCGGUCCAGCGCGUUCUUAGGAGUGAACGCCAUUGGAGCGCUGCUUCAAAUUAGCUGCGAGGCUACUUUCUAUGUCUGGGCCGUUUUAUUACUAAGUGCAAUUGUAUUUGCGUGGCUUCUACCAAAGGACAAAGCCGUAAAAGGACGUGAUGUUGAACAAACCAAAUUGUAGAGAGAAGCAG